AUGUUACUCGGCUGCUGGGUAAUGUUGUUUCAAAAGACUAUAAGAGUUCGUCAUUCGGCACCAGGUCAACGUUCCUAUUCAACUUUCAACUCUCCCGAGAGAUCUUUGCGGUGCAAACUUGAUCAACCAUUAGCAGUAAAGAUUAAUCUUCCUCGCCUGGAAAAUAUGGAAAUGGACGGGAACGAUUUACCGAUUAUCAGCUGCGGUGCAAUCGAUGUCCCUAAAGACAUCCACAUAGAGGCAGUCGAAGACUUACCGAUAGUCCCCAAUGAUACAUGUACCGACUGUAUCCCUACGGAGACGGACGUAAACCUACAAAAUAUUGACAAAUUGUUCAAACAACUUCAGGGUUUGAAACUCGAAGGGACUAGCUAUAUUGAAAAGGAACCGGAGACUAUUACCAACCUUAUGAAACCAGUAUUUCCCGAGGGACAAGCUAGAUUCUUCGAUGACAGCCUUGGCAAAGAAGGGCUGCCCAGUGAGACUGCCCACUCAAUUAAACUACCGGACGAAUUAAAAUUAGUGGCACCGCCCAGCCCCAGCUACAAAGAACCCGCUUUAACGCCGCAGAUCGGUCCCCUUUUUCUUGAAGAUCUAGAGCGCCGGAUCCUACUCGUCAGAGCAUGUAUCGACCAAGUCGAUGAUUUUAUCGAGGGUUCCAAGAUGAGCCACUUGAAUAAAACACAGACUGAAUUUUCCAAGAAGGCCGGCUUCGGUAAGCUGCUGGAAAAUUUGUUGAAAAUCUGGCCCAGAGAGCAACGGAGACUUGUGUCUGUAUCUACACCGAAUACUGACAAGGAGAAGGCACCAACUGAGUCUAUCACUCGUUCGAACGAGAGGGGAAUGGAAAACGUCAAUGAGCAUGAACAGGGGUAUGGAGGACCCCAAAGUGCGAGUCUCGAUGACCAUUUAACAUCUACCAAACGAAAAAGACCGACGGAGACCGAUGAUAAUCAAGAUGACGAUACAGAGGGGAGUGGCAUACGCCCAAUACAAAAGAAAAGGCCAUCAUGUGUCUCCAGCCCUGAUAAUAAGCCCAUUUCUCGAUUGACCACGUCGGAGUUGACUUUGCAGCCGGGUAAGCAAAGUGAGCAGAGGGUCAUGGAGCGAUGGGCGGAUUUAGCAGAGAUAGACAGAAUUAUAAAAGAAAAAGGAGACGGGUGGAGUGGCGAUCUGGAGCCGGAGAUAGAGGCAAAAAUAAGGAAAAUGGAGGAUGCCGUCGAAGAUUUGAAUGAUGUGGUAGAAGAAUUAUCAGACUGCUUCAAGGAGCUAAUGAGCAUGAUGACUGAAGAAGAUGAAUGA